AUGAGCAAAGUAAACCUUGCAGGGAAAACAGUCUGUCUCACUGGUGGGAGCAGAGGCCUUGGUCUAGAAAUCGCAAAGGAGCUCGCAAAAAAGGGCUCCUAUGUUCAUGUGAUCGGGAAGUCUCCUCAGUCCUUCGGCCAUGAGAAUAUAAAAUACUACCAGAUAGAUCUUCUAAAGGAAAAACCUGACAUCACAACUCCAUUCGAUAUUGUCAUAUCCAAUCUUGGAACAAGUGUUGGGAAUAAAAGGUUCGAUGACAUGGAAUACAAUGAAGUAAUGGACAUGCUGAAGUUGAAUGUAGAGCUGCAUUUAUGGCUUCUUAAGAAUGUUAGAUACAAGAAGUUUGUUUUUGUUAAUUCCAUACUGUCACAGCAAGGCCUUCCGGAAUAUUCCAUGUAUUGUGCCUCUAAGUCAUUCAUCCACACUUUGAAUCAGUCAUUGAGAAGAGAAGGAAAAGACACAAUGAUAAUCUAUCCUUACAAAAUUAACACUCCAUUGUUCAGAGAGGUCAGGGAUGUUUGGACACUUGAUGCAAACUAUGUAGCUGUAAGGCUUCUGAAAGACAUAGAAAAUGGUGUUAGAGAGGACUUUGUGCCCUGGAUAUUCAAGCCGAUUAUCCUGAUAUCAAGGAUGAUUCCCAUGUUUAUUCAGGAUCGUCUCUCUAGCCUUGUGAAGAAGACAUUUUAUAACUCAGAGGAAAAGAAUAAAUAA